AUGCAGCAGGAGGUUGGCAUCAAGGCUAUUACCGAUGGAGAGUUCCGCAGGCAUAUGUUCUUUGAUGGCUUUCACAACAACCUUGACGGAAUGGUUGUCGUGCCGAACCCAGGUCGCGAGCUGUUUAAGAUGUAUGUGCCCGAUGUGAAGGGCUUCUUCGAGUCGCACGCCGCAAAGCCUGCCGACACGAUGAUCUGCAAGGCCAAGCUCGUGCGUAACAAGCCAAUGUACCGCCCCGAAUUCGAGUUCCUCAAGAUGCUCGUCAAGCCCGACGAGUACCACCUCCGCCACGGCGAACACGCCUUCGACCGCUCCGUCUAUCCAACGGAGGUCGAAUACUUCGCUGACCUCGCAAAGGCCUAUCGUGAGGAAUUGGCGGACCUUUACGAGGCGGGAUGCAGGAACGUCCAGUUUGACGACCCUUUGCUCGCUUACUUCUGCGCCACCUCCAUGCUUGAGGGCAUGAAGGCCGAAGGAAUCAACCCGGAGAAAGUCCUCGACCAGUACAUCCAGCUCUACAACGACUGUAUCCGGGAUGCGCCGGAGGACAUGACCAUCGGUCUCCACUUGUGCCGCGGUAACUUCAAGGACGGCAUGCACUUCUCCGAGGGCGGCUACGAGCACGUCUCGAAGAAGAUCUUCAACGAGCUCAACGCUCACGCGUACUACCUCGAGUACGACACCGAGCGUGCCGGUGGCUUCGAGCCCCUCGCCGACCUCCCGGCUAACAAGACCGUCGUCCUCGGCCUCUUGACCUCCAAGUUUCCCCAGCUCGAGAAGAAGGAAGACCUCGUCAAGCGUAUUCACGAGGCGGCCGACUUUGUCGCCAAGGGCUCGAACCAGACGCGCGAGCAGGCUCUCCAGCGCCUCUGUCUCUCGUGCCAAUGUGGCUUCGCCUCGCACGCGGAGGGAAACCCAGUCACCGAGGAGGACGUCGUCGCCAAGCUCCGCCUCGUCGUCGAAACCGCCAAGGCUGUCUGGUCCGACGUGUAG